AUGCCCGCCACCCGGGGAAGAGCCAAGUCCAAGGCACCGGUGACAUUUGGAGAUUUGGCCAUCUACUUCUCCCAGGAGGAAUGGGAACAGCUGAGCCCUAUGCAGAGGGAUUUGUAUGAAGAAGUCAUGUUGGAAAACUACCGGAAUCUGGUGUCUCUAGGACUUUCCAUCCGGAGGCCCAAUGUGAUCACUUUACUGGAGAAGGGGAAGGCGCCCUGGCUGGUAGAGCCAGCAAGACGACGUCGCGGCCCCGACUCAGGGUCUGCAUUUAAGACCAAGAAGUUCCCCCCAAAUCAGUACAACAAAGCUGGGCAAAGCAUCCAUCAGAAAGUUCCCACAGGAAAGAGGGGCUGCAAAACGAACUCAGUCCUAAUAAAAUCCAAGAAAGGCAAGAAAUCGUUAAAAUGUACGGACUGUGAGAAAACCUUCAGUCGGAGUUUAUUCCUCCAACUCCAUCAGAUCUCUCAUACUGGGGAGAAGCCUUAUGAGUGUAGCAAGUGUAGGAAAGGUUUCAGACGGAUCUCUUCACUCAUUCUUCACCAGAGAGUUCACACUGACAAGAAGCGCCAUGAGUCUGGUAAUCGGGAGGGACACUUCGAUCAAAGGACAACUCUUACUCUCCAUGGAAGAAUUCACGAUAGCAAGGAACCCUCUGACCACGGGAAGACGUCCAGUCCGUGCCCAUCUCUCAGUAUACCUCAGAAAAUUUACGUUGUUGAGAAAGUCCACCAAUACAGAAAGUGUGGGAAAGCCUUCAGUCGGAUGUCAUCCAUUUCACUUCAUAAGAAGAUUCACAAGAGAAGGAAAACCCACAAAUGUCAAGCAUGUGGGAGAGGUUUCAGUAAGAAAUCAGUGCUUGUUAAACAUAACAGAAGUCAUGCUGGAGAGAAACCUUAUGAAAGUAUGAAAACCUUAAGUCGGAGUCGACAGCAGAGAAGGCGUUCUUUAGAGAAUCCUUACAAAUGCAGAAGGUGUCAGAAAUCCUUUAGUAAGGUUUCAUCGCUCUUGCUUCAUCAGAGGUUUCAUGCUUCAGAGAAGCCCCUUAAAUGUGACAGGUGUGAGAAGGUGUUCGGGCAGCUUUCAACCCUUCUUCUACAUCUAAGAACUCAUAACGGAGAGAAAGUGUACAGGUGCAAUAAAUGUGAUAAGGUCUGUAACCGGUACUCAUCCCUUCUGCAGCAUCAGAAAGUCCAUACAAGGAAAAAGAAACUUAUCGAAUGUAAAGAAUGUGGAAAGAUGUUUUCUGGAACCGCAAACCUUAAAAUCCAUCAGAACAUUCAUUCUGAAGAGAAACCUUUCAAAUGCAACAAAUGUAGUAAAGUUUUUGGCCGUCAGUCAUUUCUGAUUGAGCAUCAGAGAAUUCAUACUGGAGAAAAGCCCUAUCAGUGUGAAGAAUGUGGGAAAGCCUUCAGUCACCGGAUAUCCCUUACUCGACACAAGAGGAUUCACUCUGAAGAUAGGCCUUAUGAAUGUGAUCAGUGUGGGAAAGCCUUCAGCCAGAGCGCACACCUGGCCCAACAUGAGAGAAUUCACACUGGAGAGAAGCCAUAUACGUGCAAAACGUGUGGAAAGGCCUUCAGCCAGCGUACGUCCCUCAUUCUGCAUGAAAGGAGUCAUACAGGGGAGAAACCCUAUGAAUGUAAUGAAUGUGGAAAGGCCUUUAGCAGUGGCUCAGACCUUAUCCGACAUCAGAGAAGUCAUUCUUCAGAGAAACCCUAUGAAUGCAGUAAAUGUGGGAAGGCAUAUAGUCGGAGCUCAUCCCUUAUUCGACACCAGAAUACACAUUCUGAAGAAAAGGACUAG